AUGGCCAGUGCGAACACCAGUGACGUCCGAUGGCUUUUCAAGAUUCACCACAUCUGCACUGUUUUCCUCUAUGCAAUAUUUCAACUAAGCCUGUUUAUGAACCUCUAUGUACUGCUGAGUCGAGAGGACACCAUCUUCUACCUGAGGAUCUAUCAUUUGAUAAUCGCAUUGCUAAUGGUUUGUUGUGGAGUGAUCGAAAUCGAAUUCCUAUUUCGAACCCGGAAGUUGGAAAAGCUCGAAGAACCGCACGAGAUUCCCGUACCAGCGCUUAUCGGAGCUGUGGCGUUGACGAUCGGUAUUGCACUGGGUUAUCUCUACUUCAUCAUAUUCAAUUAUGCUUUCCAG